CAUGGGAAGCGAUAAAGCUAUGAAACAAUCACCCUCUAAUACGCCACUGGAGGCAAGUGAUAGUAGUCCUAAAUCACCAGAUGAAGGGUCAAGUAGGGGGAACUCAAAGCCGUUGCCAUUUGAGUUCAGAGCUUUUGAGAUUUGCCUAGAAUCUGUCUGCAGGGGCCUUGAAUCUGAGACUUCCACAUUAGAAGAAAAGGCAUAUCCAACUUUAGAUGAGUUAUCAGCUAAAACCAGUACACAUAAUCUCAAACACGUGAGAGUCAUAAAAGGUCGUUUGGUUGCUCUGUCUGGGCAUGUGCAGAAGGUGAGGGAUGAGUUUGAACAUCUACUAGAUGAUGACUUAGAUAUGGCUCAAAUGUACUUGACUAAUAGGCUUGCCACCUUGGAAUCUGAAGGUUUAGAAGAUGAACUAGGGAAUGAUGCAAAUGUAUUUAAAUCGGGCAAUGACAGUGAUGAGGACAUGAGCAGCAAAAGCAGUACUAAAGAUGUGAUUCAUCAUGUUUCUUGGUAA